AUGUCGCCCACUGGCAAUCACACCAACCAACAGAUUCAAGACGCCAUCGGUCGUCGCAUGUAUCAAAUCUUCACCACGACUGCCACAAAUCAGGAGCUGAUCCACUAUGGGGAGGAGGUCCUCGAAUGGUACAAGAACCCACAUGUGACCGACGACUCCGACGCGAUAUAUCAGCUGGACACUGUACACGCCAUGUGGCAAGCAGAACUACCCACAGUGGGAGAUGAGGAAGCAUUGCGCAAGAUCAGCUCGCUUCGUAUACGAAUCUCUGCGGCAGCCGCUGCCCUUCAACAUGAGAAUUGA